GACCUGUUCCUGUUAAUAAUUCAGUCUUGAUUGGGAGCUUGGCUGUUUACAGAGUCGGACAGGUCGUCGGAUAUAGCGGGUUUGUUCAAUAUUUACGGCUCUGUUCAUAAAAGAGAUUAUAGUUUUCAUUGCUGACGAUUCAAUUUAUAUAUAAGUUAUUAUCUAUAAUUACAAGCAAGAUUUUAAAGAAAGCAAUGGAGUCAGCAAGACUACCAGGUGGUCGCAUCAACCUUGACAAGCCCCGCUAUGACCAGAGCACUUACUGGGGAAGAGCUAAGCAUUUCUUCACCGUAACUGACCCUCGAAAUCUCUUUCAUGCUGAGUCAGAACUAGAUAGGAUGAAACAACUACUUAUCAAAUAUAGACGAGGAGAAGAACCAGCAGGAACAACUGAUGAAGAAAUAUGGAGAGCAAAAAAGAUUUUUGAAUCAGCUUUUCAUCCAGAUACUGGAGAGAAAAUGUUUUUACCAGGAAGAAUGUCUGCUCAAGUCCCUAUGAAUAUGACUAUCACUGGCUGUAUGAUGACCUUCUACAAAACUACUCCACAAGUCUUAUUUUGGCAAUGGAUCAACCAGUCUUUUAAUGCUAUUGUGAAUUACACAAAUAGAAGUGGAGAUUCCCCAAUAUCUAAUAGGGAACUUGGAAUAGCUUACACACUUGCCACAAGUGGAGCAAUAAGUGUUGCUUUAGGACUAAACUAUGUAACUAGGAAUGCUCCACCAAUUAUUGGUCGAUUUGUUCCUUUUGCUGCCGUUGCUGCAGCAAAUUGUGUCAACAUUCCUUUCAUGAGGAAAAGGGAGCUCGCUAAAGGUAUUCCAGUUACCGAUCAUGAUGGAAACAAAAUUGGAGAAUCAAAGGCUGCAGCCAGGAAGGCAAUUGCAAGCGUUGUGCUGUCAAGAAUAGGAAUGGCUACUCCAGGAAUGUUUUUCCCCCCAUUCAUAAUGCAAUACUUGGAGACAAAGGCAUUUAUGAAGAGAUUUCCUAUUUUAGCAUCUCCCAUCCAGGUUCUACUUGUUGGCUUUUGUCUUGUAUUUGCAACACCAUUGUGCUGUGCUAUCUUCCCUCAACAAAGCUCACUUAACGUAAGUCACUUAGAAACUGAGCUGCAAGACAUAGUCAAGGCAAAGUAUGGUGACUCCUUGCACAAAGUGUAUUUCAACAAAGGACUUUGAGCAUUACUCUGGAUUAAUUUGUUGAAGAUACUACAAUCAAUUUUUUUAACUUUAUUUAUGAAUAUCAUUUCAUGCACCCACCAAAUCAUUUCCUUGUUUAGCAUGAAUAUACCUUUCAAAGGACUAUAUAAACUGUUUUAUGUUGCAAUCAUGUAAACAAACAAAACUGGAUCACAGUAAGUUAAGGUGUGUUAUUUCAUUGUUUUUGCUGACUUUCAAUCAAUAACAAGAAAAUAAAAUGACAAAAGACACAUUGGCCAUGUUGCAUUGGAUGAUAUAACAAAAGAGACUAAUGAUGAACCUUUUGUUAAAUUUAUCCAACAUGGCAGCUGUGAAAACAAGCACCUCACCUUACCAAUUAGAGUACCUCACCAUACACCUUGUGUAUGCAUUGUGAGUGAGUUCCAGACAACAUCAUAGUUACUUCGUAGUUACUAACAUAUUAUAAACUGUGUGGCUCUGAGAGAGAUUUUUGACUGUUAAGUAUCACCGUAUAAGUAUCACAUUUUACUGCAAUAUUCGAAAUUACCAUUUUCAUGAAUAUGUAAUAGGAAUAAUUAAAAUGAAUUCAAAUAUUAGUAAAUUUUGAGCAACCAAUGGAAUUUUACAUUUUUACAUAUUUCAAUCUGGGUUUGGAAAUAACCAAACUAUUCAUAGCAAUUUUUAGUAUGAAAUCAAUUUUUAUGGAGAAAAUAUAGAGGGAAGAAAUGCUGACAUUUGAACUAUUUCUUGUAUAGUUUUAAUUUGUAUCAAUUGCAAUAAAUGGAUUUAUUGUAAAUAAAUUGAAGUGUUGAUAGUG